AUGUACCCUCCUUCUUCCUUCUCCAAGUCCACAGCUCCAGACGGAGGCGACGCCGUCAACAACCAAUAUGAUUCGGCCGCCGGUGCCACCCGUGAUUUCUCCUCCCUCGGCUCUCAAACCCACCAUAAUCCUCCGCCACCGCAUCCACCGCCUCCGUCACGGCAACAACACAAUCCUAACGUCGGCGGUCAUUGCUUUCCCGGCGAUCCAUCUUCCUUCGAUUCGGAUUCCAACGCUUCUUCUUCUUUGUUCCGACACAGAAGCUCUCCUGCCGGUUUCUAUGACCAAUAUCUUCCCACUGAUCCCAACGGUAACUUUUUGCGUUACUUACAUUUUCUACCCUAUCCUCCUCGACUAAAUUCUUACCCCUCAUAUCGUUAA